GAAGAAGAAGGAAAAACCGUUGGAGUCUCCUGAAGUCGCAAUAAAUAUGGCUUCUCGUUUCUUUCAAUUUCACACAGAACACUCUUUAACCGGAGCGUCGUUGUUUUCAGCGCUUUGUGUCGCUCUGUGAUGGAUCCCAAGCACAAAGAGUUGUUAGAGCAGUGCCAGCGAAAGUUGUCGGAGUCCGUCACAGAUGUGGACCGGGUGCUGGAGCUGCUGGCCCAGUCAGGCUGCCUGAGUCCGGCUGAGAGAGCGGAGCUGGACGCCAACAGCUCCGGCGGCGCCGAGAAGGUCCUGCUGCUCCUCAGGACGCUGCUGGAGAAGAAGGACCGGGACCAUUUCCAGGAGUUCUGCUGGGCUCUGGAGAAAACCCAGCCGCUGCUGCUCGGCGCUCUGCUGCCUGUGGAGAACCACCACAGCUCGGGUUCCACGUGCAGCGUUCUGUCUGCGAUGCCGUCGGACUCGGAGAGCAGCAGUUCUCUCAGCAGCGUCGCAUCCUCGCCCCCUCCUGCACACCUGGACAAGCAUGUGAUGAGUGAGAAACUGGAGACGGUGAUCUUCCAGCUCAGACAGGUGACCCGCGAACGAGAUGACCUGCGCAAACGACUGGCCCUCUCCUCGCCCGGCACCACCUUUGACGACUGCAGGCCGAGUGUGAAGCCGGGUCACGAUUACGAGCGUCUGAAGCUGCAGUGCAUGAAGGCCAUGUCAGACCUGCAGUCUCUCCAGAACCAGCACACCAAAACCCUGAAGAGAUGCGAGGAGGCCGCGAGAGACGCCGAUUACUACCACACUCUUCACGGGCGUGUGUUUGGUGAACAGACUCAGCUGCGGGACGAGAUGGAGGCCAUGAAGCAGAACUACUCGCAGCUCCUGCAGCAGCACUCACAGCUGCAGCAGACCUGCGACGAGCUGCGCCGGAUCCAUGACAGCGACCAGCGCGAGGUGGCAGACAUGCGCCUGCAGCAGCAACAGAAGCUGUACAGUGAUAAUGGAGGGGAAUUCAACAACCAAGAAAUCAGAGACAUGGCUGAAAACUUUAACAUCGAGACAAGAACAACAGCUGGAUACAGUCCAUGGAGCAACGGACUACUCGAGAGACAUAACCAAACACUCACCGAGAUCAUCCUGAAGGUCAAACGAGAAAAUGGAUGUGACUGGCACACUGCCCUUGACUGGGCCCUCAUGGCUAAGAACAGUAUGUUGAAUGUUCAUGGCUACAGUCCAUACCAAUUAGUGUUUGGACAGAAUCCUAACCUUCCUUCUGAGAAAAUCUCGUUCUCUUUCAGGUUCGAGAGUCUCCAGCAGGAGCUGAAUAAGGCGUCCGCUCAGAACGAGGAGCUGCAGAGAGAAACCGAUCGACUGCAGAUGGAGAACACACGCUAUAAGACCCUGCAGCUGAAGGCGGUGAAAGACGGCGAGAAGCUGAAGGAGGAGAGAGACUCUGUGCUAAACGAAUAUAGACUGAUCAUGAGCGAGAGAGAUCAGGUCAUCAAGGAGGUGGAUAAACUGCAGACCGGACUGGAGGCGGCCGAAGCCAAACUCAAGAACACGUCUAGCGAGAGGAGGGUCACCAGCGAGGAGAUCGAGGCUCUUAGACAGGAGCUGAACUCGGCUCUGCUGGACCGAGACCGAGCGAUCCGGGAGAAGACCGAGCUGCUGGAGAAAUACUGUCACGAGGUGCAGGACAAGGCCGAGACGCAGAAAGAGCUGAGCCAGGCCUGUAAGGACAUCGAGAUGGUGCGAGAGGAGCGCGACGUGGCCCGUAAAGAGCGAACAGAGGCCAUCAUCCAGAGAGACCAGCUCCUGAGGGAGUAUUAUCAGGCCAGACAGAAGCAGGACAGCGCGACGCUGGACAUAGAGCGUGUCAGUAAGGAGCUGGAGAUCCUGAGGAAGCAGUGCGAGGCCGUUUCGGAGGAGCUCCAGGAGUCUGUGCAGGAGGCAGAGGUGGCCAAAUGCCGCAGAGACUGGGCCUUCCAGGAGAGAGACAAGAUCGUGGCAGAGAGAGAGAGCAUACGGACGUUGUGUGAUAACCUGCGUCGUGAGAGGGACCGAGCCGUGAGCGAUCUCGCCGACGCUCUGAGAAACCUGGACGACCUGCGCAAACAGAAGAACGACGCGGUGCGGGAACUGAAGGAGCUCAAGGAAUGCAUGGAGGAGCAGCUGGAGAAGGAGGCGCGUUUCCGCCAGCUGAUGGCCCACAAUUCUCACGACUCUGCGAUCGAUACGGACUCUCUGGAGUGGGAGACGGAGACGGUGGAGUUUGAGAGGAGUACGGACGACAUGGAUUUGAGUGCUUUGGGCUUUGAUAUCGCCGAGGGUGUGAGCGACCCGUAUCUACCCGGGGAUUAUGGGAUAUUCGUGAGCAAGGUGGACAAAGGAAGUGUUGCGGAGGGCAGGUUGAGAGUGAAUGAUUGGUUGUUGAAGAUAAAUGACGUGGAUCUGGCCAAUAAGGACAGGAAGCAGGUCAUAAAGGCGGUGUUCAGCGGGGGCGGAGUCAUCAACAUGGUGGUACGCAGGAGGAAGUCUCUGGGAGGACGGAUGGUCACUUCUGUUCAUCUGACGCUGGCGGGACAUAAAGAUUGUGGUGUUGGGUUGGAGAGCGGCGUGUUUGUGUCGUCUGUUUCUCCAGGCAGUCCCGCGGCCAGAGACGGUUCAGUGUGUCCCGGCGAUCGGAUUCUCAAUCCGCUGAGUGAUCAGGUUGAGGUAAAUGAAGUAAGUAAAUGUGUGCUCAGGGAAUGCAUGGAGGAGCAGCUGGAGAAGGAGGCGCGUUUCCGCCAGCUGAUGGCCCACAAUUCCCAUGACUCGGCUAUCGAUACGGACUCUCUGGAGUGGGAGACGGAGACGGUGGAGUUUGAGAGGAGUACGGACGACAUGGAUUUGAGUGCUUUGGGCUUUGAUAUCGCCGAGGGUGUGAGCGACCCGUAUCUACCCGGGGAUUAUGGGAUAUUCGUGAGCAAGGUGGACAAAGGAAGUGUUGCGGAGGGCAGGUUGAGAGUGAAUGAUUGGUUGUUGAAGAUAAAUGACGUGGAUCUGGCCAAUAAGGACAGGAAGCAGGUCAUAAAGGCGGUGUUCAGCGGGGGCGGAGUCAUCAACAUGGUGGUACGCAGGAGGAAGUCUUUGGGAGGACGGAUGGUCACUUCUGUUCAUCUGACGCUGGCGGGACAUAAAGAUUGUGGUGUUGGGUUGGAGAGCGGCGUGUUUGUGUCGUCUGUUUCUCCAGGCAGUCCCGCGGCCAGAGACGGUUCAGUGUGUCCCGGCGAUCGGAUUCUCAAUAUAAAUGGGAUUUCACUGGAUAAUAAAUCAGUGAGCGAAUGCGAGAGCCUCCUGCGGAGCUGCAGAGACUCUGUUUCUCUUUCUCUCCUAAAGUUCUUUCCACAGAGUCUGUCGGGUCAGAGUAUCGCUGAGAGCCAGCGUGACUGUGAACGAAACUCGUCAGCGGAUCACCUGCGGCCCUGCAGGAAGCAGCCCACCCAUAAAGACAUGUACAGCCCCACGCGUGACGUGGAGAGCGAGCGCGGUCAGCGCGGGACACUGUAUCAUGAGAUCUGCUGCCCGCAUCCCACCUCCAAACGAGCCCUCACCUUUCACCCCGUUUCCCCCGGCGACUGCAUCACCGUGGAGAUGAGUCAGGAGAGACGAUGCAUCCCGCAGAAACAAAGCGGCGGCACUUGGCCCAAAAUGGUAGCGGUUGCCAUGACAACAGCCGAGAGCAUCCCACCGCUCUCUAUUUUUAAGACCCCAAAGAAGCGGAAGUCGAUAUUCGACGCAGACAUGUUCAAACGGCCGGAGACGCCCUCCAAGCUGGACUACCUCAGUUUGUCCCAGAUGCCCAAACAUUCCCCGCAGAGCUCCUGGAUUCAGGCGGCGCCGCAGAUCCCGCCCGACCCGCCCAAACGCAGCGACUCAUUCAAGUUCAAACACAAACCGCAGGGAAGCUCCGCCUCCGAUUCGACUGUCACCACUGGCUCGCCCCCGGCCACGCCCAUUCAGACCACGCCCGCAGACAAAACCAGUCCUGAUUUUGAAAACCGAGACCGUAAUGGGAAUGUGCUUCAGAGACAGGGCUCUGGCGGCGGCGGCGGGUCCUUUGUGGAGGAAGUGCCUGGAAAGGGCGCAGAUGAACUGGAGAUGAGGAGAGGAAGGCCAAACUCUGCUCCUGCCCAGCGCCGCAGCCUCACACCACUUAAGAUGCCGUUUUCACAGAGCUUCUCUCAUGAUGAACACUCUCCUGAGCCUGUGGAUCUGGUUCGGUUUUCUCCUUUCCGUUCAAAUCGUCACAGCUUCUCGCCUGUACAAGCACACACCGCUCCCAGAACGCUGUCUCCCUACCCCGCUGUGACCGCAGUGAUGAGGAACCCAGUGUACACGGCCUGGAGUCACUGCGUCAAAACCACCAACUCUCCGUCAGUUCCAGCACACACAUACACUCAAGUCAGUCCGCAGCACCAGGGCCGAUGGAGUGUGGAUCUCAACCACAAGCGCUCCACUGAGCUCUUCGACGGCUCCCGCGGUUCGGUUCAGCACAACACCAACUCCCUGCCCUCCAGCGCCAGACAGGGUUUGUCUCAGUACCGCGAGCAGCGCAUUAAGAUUCCCUCCACCCCUCGUUACGCGCGAUCCGCUCACGGCUCUGAUAGAGGAUCACUGUCUCACUCGGACUGCAGCAGCCCCAGUCUGGUAACUCCGCCCCUCUCUCCUCUGGACUCCGCCUCCUUCACCAGCAGCCAAUCACAGGGCUCCAUCUCCGCCCAGACCAGGCUUUCAGUCAGCCCUGUGCCAAUAGACAGGAGGAGGGACAGGCCGUACAUAGAAGAGCCUCGGUGUGUCACUAUUCCAAAAGGGGCGGAGCCUCUCGGCAUCUCUAUAGUGGGUGGGGAGAAUGGCGGCAUCUUUGUUUCCAAGGUAACGGGAGGCAGCAUCGCUCAGCAGCACCGCCUGGAGUUUGGAGAUCAGCUGCUGGAGUUUAACGGCAUUAAUCUCAGGAACGCCACCGAGCAGCAGGCCAGACUCAUCAUUGGGCAGCAGUGUGACACCAUCACCAUACUGGCACAGUACAACCCACACAUGCACCAGCUGGGCAAUCACUCCCGCUCGAGCUCCCGGAUGGAGUCAUCCAUAAGCUCUCACUCUACGCCCGACACGUACUCCAACAUAGACACGCUCAGCGAACAGGACGAGGGCACCAUGACCCCACCCUCCAAACAGGCCACGCCCACAGCCAGCCCUCACAGGGAUCGGAAGCAGGCGGAGCCAAGGCUGGUGGUGCUGAGGAAGACUCAGGUAGAUCUGGGGCUGAAGAUCUGUGGAGGAAACCUGACGGGGGUUUUCGUGGAGGCUCUAGAAGAGGACAGUCCUGCUCGAGGAGCUGAAGGCCUGCAGCCUGGAGACCUGAUCCUGGAGUGUAACUCCGUGAGUUUGAAGAAAAAGACUGCUGAGGAGGUGUAUCUAGAGAUGCUGAAACCCUCGGAGAACGUCACCCUCAGAGUCCAGCACCGACCCGAGCACUUCAGGAGGGUCAAAGAGGCACCUGCAGACGGUUUUUACAUCAGGGCGCUGUUUGACCAUGUUGGUGAUUUGGAGCAGGAGUUGAGUUUCAAGAAGGAUGAUAUUCUCUACGUGGACGACACGAUGCCGGGGGGGAAUCUGGGCUACUGGUUGGCAUGGCAACUGGACGAGAACGCACGGAAGCUGGUGCGCGGACACGUGCCCAGCAAGUGCAUGAUAGAUCAAGAAUCCCAGCGGCGGUACAGCGUCAUGGACGACAGCGGUUCCGGUAAAACGCUCUCAGCCGCAGCGCGCCGAUCCUUCUUCCGCCGUAAACUCAAACACAAACGCAGCAGCUCCAAAGACGGCCGUGACGCUCCGGCGGCAGACGCCGUCAGCACAGACUCCAUGCCCUUCAUGGACGACUGUCUGAGCCCGGCGUAUCAGCGCGUGCAGAAAGUGGAAUCGACCAAUCGCAGGCCGGUGCUGAUACUGGGGCCCCUCAUCGAGCCAAUCAAAGACAUGCUGCUCAGAGAGGCUCCUGGGAAAUACUGCCGCUGUUUAGCUGAGGGGAUGAAGGCGGCUCAGCAGGCCAUCGAGCGAGGCGUCAAAGACUGUCUCUUCAUCGAUUACAAGCGCCGGAGCGGCCACUUCGAUGUGACGACGGUGGCAUCCAUUAAAGAAAUCACAGAGAAGGACUGUCAUUGUCUGCUGGACAUUGCACCUCAUGCUAUCGAGCGCCUGCACGUCGUCAACAUUUACCCCAUCAUCAUAUUCAUACGAUACAGAAACGCUAAGCAGAUUAAGGAGCAGAAAGACCCCGUGUAUCUGCGAGACAAAGUGUCACAAAAACAUUCCAAAGAGCAGUUUGAGUCUGCGCAGAGGAUCGAACAAGACUACAGCAAAUACUUCACAGGCGUCGUCCAGGCCGGCGGUCUGUCCAACAUAUGCACUCAGAUCAUGGCCAUCGUGGACCAGGAGCAGAACAAAGUGCUUUGGAUUCCUGAUGGAAGCAUGUGAAGAACCACACACAUCCUUCAAAACACACUGCUGAAAAUGAUUUUCUUACUUAGUAUUUUUUGUCAUUUUUCAUGAUAUCUAAAGAUUCUUAAAUUACGUUUAAGGAAACAGACUUAAGGUAUUAAGUCUUGUUUUCUGAAGAAUUCAAAAUUCUUUCAGUGGGAUAAGAAAAAUAAUCAAUUUGU